GCAGGCGAAGCAGGGGCCGCCCCUUGACACCCCGUCCCCGCCCCCGGUCUACGGCCCAUUCGCCCACCUCGCCGACUCGCGAGGCCUCCAGCUUGUCCCGCCGUCUGUCCGACGCCAGCGGACCAAGACAGAAGCAGCGGCCACUGCCCACCUGUACCCAGCUGGGCUCAGCAUGGCGAACUUCACACCUGGCAAUGGCAGCUCAGCCAAUCAGUCUGUGCGCCUGGUCACGGCCACCCAUAAUCACCUGGAGACAGUGGAGAUGGUGUUCAUCGCCACAGUGACAGGCUCACUGAGCCUGGUGACUGUUGUGGGUAACAUCCUGGUGAUGCUGUCCAUCAAAGUCAACAGGCAGCUGCAGACAGUCAACAACUACUUUCUGUUCAGCCUGGCAUGCGCGGAUCUCAUCAUAGGUGCGUUCUCCAUGAACCUCUACACCGUGUACAUCAUCAAGGGCUACUGGCCCCUGGGCGCGGUGGUCUGUGACCUGUGGCUGGCCCUGGACUAUGUAGUGAGCAAUGCCUCCGUCAUGAACCUUCUCAUCAUCAGCUUUGACCGCUACUUCUGCGUCACCAAACCCCUCACCUACCCUGCCCGCCGCACUACUAAAAUGGCAGGCCUCAUGAUUGCGGCUGCCUGGGUCCUGUCCUUUGUGCUCUGGGCCCCCGCCAUCUUGUUCUGGCAGUUUGUGGUGGGCAAGAGGACAGUGCCUGAUAACCAGUGUUUCAUCCAGUUCUUGUCCAACCCGGCAGUGACCUUUGGCACAGCCAUUGCUGCCUUCUAUCUGCCCGUGGUCAUCAUGACGGUGCUGUAUAUUCACAUCUCACUCGCAAGUCGCAGUCGAGUCCACAAGCAUCGACCUGAGGGCCCCAAGGAGAAGAAGGCCAAGACUCUGGCUUUCCUCAAGAGCCCCCUGAUGAAGCCGAGUAUCAAGAAACCUCCACCAGGGGGCGCUUCUCGAGAGGAACUGCGCAACGGGAAGCUAGAAGAGGCCCCUCCGCCAGCCCUGCCCCCGCCUCCACGCCCAGUGACCGACAAGGACACUUCCAAUGAGUCGAGCUCGGGCAGCGCCACCCAGAACACCAAGGAACGGCCACCCACAGAGCUGUCCACCACAGAGGCCACCACACCAGCCCUGCCCGCCCCUACCCUGCAGCCACGAACCCUCAACCCAGCUUCUAAAUGGUCCAAGAUUCAGAUUGUCACCAAGCAGACAGGCAAUGAGUGUGUGACAGCCAUCGAGAUUGUACCGGCCACUCCAGCUGGCAUGCGCCCAGCAGCUAAUGUGGCCCGAAAGUUCGCCAGCAUUGCUCGCAACCAGGUGCGGAAGAAGCGACAGAUGGCGGCCCGCGAGCGCAAAGUGACUCGGACCAUCUUUGCCAUCCUGCUGGCCUUCAUCCUCACCUGGACACCCUACAAUGUCAUGGUCCUGGUGAACACCUUUUGCCAGAGCUGUAUCCCUGAGAGGGUGUGGUCCAUUGGCUACUGGCUCUGCUACGUCAACAGCACCAUCAACCCAGCCUGCUAUGCACUUUGCAAUGCAACUUUCAAAAAGACCUUCCGGCACCUCCUGCUGUGCCAGUAUCGGAACAUCGGCACAGCCAGGUAGACAGGCAGGUGCCCUAGGAGGUGCUGGUGUCAUGAGUGUGUACCGGGGAACCACACGGGCUCACCGGCUGUGGAGGAGCAAGUAGGCGGCCCCGUUCUGAGUUCGCAUCUGCUAAAGAGAACAGGUCUCUUUACAGUGAGGCACAAGAAGCUCUUCGCUGGGUUUGGAGGGUAGAUCUUUACCAAAGCCCGGAGCUCAGCCCCGGACGGUCUGAACUGGCACCACCUGGCCCCUAUCUGUCACCCUGCCUCAGGAGGAUGGAGGACAAUGACUGGAGUGGGCAGCGGCCCUGUCAAGGCCAUCAGCGGAGAUGGAAGAACCAAUAGGAGAGCAGAGGCCAGGAGCAAAGGAGCCAGGCUUGGAGGGGUGGGGCACCCCGUUCUGCUGUCAUCGGUGCUUUCCGCCUCCCUGCACCCCCUCCCCCUGCAUGUAGGCUCGGCCCUUCCCUGCCCCCAAUUCCCUCUCCAGGGUGAGAGAUUCAGCCAGGCUGAGGUGCCCACUGACACUUGGCCCCUUCCCUGGCCAGCAGUCACAUCUGGAUGGGGCAACUGGGAAACCAAGCUAAGAAGCUGAUACAGACUACAGGGGACCAAGACUGGGUCAAACAGUAGUGAAUCUUACUGUAAAGAGCACCGCCCCCCCAUAGGCUUCAAACGAAGGGCAGUAUUCUCCUCUACCUCUGCAGAAGGGAGGCCCAAGAGAAAGUGUGGUGUGGGGGGGUGAACUUGGUGAUGGUGCAGGUGAGGCAAGCACCUUCAUCUCCCCGGUGAGAACCCUCCAGACUGGCAGGAGCCUGGACCAAGACUCUUAACUAGGUGAGGCAUCUGGGUUCUCUUCCCUAAGCCCAGCCCUGUGGUUCCCGGGAGAGAUGACACCCAGGGGGCUCUGCUCUUUCCUGAGCUGUUGGGAGCACUUCCUAGUGGGCCUCAACUCCCUUCAACCCGUCUUUCCCCACCCCAACCCCAACAAAACUCUAUGGCGAACUCCCUGGGAAGGAACUU